AUGGCGGCCCAAGGGACAACCAGUCGAGGUUUCCAGACUCUGGGUGGAGUUCGGGUCAGGGGGAUGUCCCGAUUGCAACAUGACUGCUGCUCCAGAAUGUUUUAUCUCCCCUUCGCUGCUGCUAUACUUGGUUCCCGUGCAUCGUCCAUCUUGCAUGAUAGAUCGGACCCAAUCGUACUAUCUGUUGUGUAUCCACUCGGUUCGCUUGCACGGCCACUUCUAUUUGCACUCAUGAAAUCGCUUCAUGGUCCAUGGCCGCAUCGCUAUGGAAAGAACCCAGGCAGCGUCUCGGCCUUCCCGGAUCAAAUGAUCCGUAGUGACACCAAGAGACACGCUCACUGCAGAGAUUCUCCCGAUUGA